AUGAGGCUGUCGUUGGUGCUACUGUGGCUGGGUGCAGCGGUCGCUUGCGGCCCGGGCCGCGGCUUUACUCGCCGCCACGGACCGCGCCGCAUCACCCCCCUCGUAUUCAACCAGCACGAUCCGAACAUUAGUGAAAAUUCGAAGUCGGCCAGCGGCCCUCCAGAGGGCCGUAUCACGCGAGAUGAUGAGAAGUUCAAAGACUUAGUGCCUAAUUAUAACCCUGAUAUCGAGUUUAGAGACGAGGAGGGUACGGGCGCCGAUCGCUUGAUGACCCAGCGCUGCAAGGAGAAAUUGAACACCCUGGCCAUCAGUGUGAUGAAUCAAUGGCCAGGUGUACGCCUGCGAGUAAUCGAGGGUUGGGAUGAAGAAAACUCCCACGUCGACAAUUCACUGCACUACGAAGGUAGAGCGGUAGACCUCACGACCAGCGACCGAGAUAGAAGUAAAUACGGCAUGCUCGCGAGACUAGCGGUCGAAGCUGGCUUCGACUGGGUGUUCUACGAGAGCCGAUCUUACAUACAUUGUUCUGUUAAGACAGAAUCGUCAGUUGGAACAGGUGCUGGAUGCUUCCCAUCUGGAGCAAUUGUGCAUACAGAAGCCGGCCCGAAAGAUAUUAGCACCUUGCAGCUGGGAGACAGAGUUCUUGCCGCUGAUGAUACAGGCAAAGCAGUAUACUCAGAGGUUCUAACAUUCAUCGACCGAGACCCAAACGCGACAAGAAGUUUCAUCGAGGUGACCGCCGAGAACGGAGUCGCCAUAACCACUACACCAUCCCAUCUCCUGCUGUUAGCAGCGGCAGACGGAUGGCGGGAAGUUUUCGCUACCAACAUCGAGAUAGGCGACGUCCUCCUAACAAGAGGCCAAGGAGCUGUGAUGCGGCCAUCGAGGGUUGUCAAGACCCGUACAGUCCGCAAAAAAGGUGUUUACGCCCCGCUUACCAAAACGGGGACUAUCAUCGUGGAUGAUGCUCUGGCGUCUUGCUACGCGAUAGUAAACAGUCAUUAUUUAGCCCACGCAGCCAUGGCUCCACUGAGGUGGAUGUCCAAGUGGAGCCAUUCCAACGAUGUGUCCAAGGGCGUACAUUGGUACGCCAACGCACUAUACAACAUCGGCGAUUUCGUCCUUCCGUCCUCUUAUAGAUACCGCUAA